UGGUUUUGACUAUCGGUGUCGGUAAGAAUUGCCCGAAACACACGAAUCCACAGCUCGACGGGUAACCAAAGACGACUGCCAAGAUAUCAAGACAACCACAAUAAAUUAAUAAUUUCUUCCCAAGAUAUCAAGACAGAAACCUCAAAACAGUUUCAAAAGCUCAGCCAUAUUAGCAAAGAUCAUUGAAAUUCAAUCAUGGAAGCUGAAAAAUGUUUUCCUCUUUUCUUCAUUCUAAUGAUCAUCCAUUUUGCAGUUUCUGCUUCUAUGGACACCAUAGCCAUAAAUCAAACCAUUGAAGAUGGUGGCUUUCUUAUCUCCAAAGAAAACAAUUUUGUGCUUGGAUUUUUCAGCCCUGGCAAUCCCAAGUAUAGGUAUCUUGGAAUCUGGUAUUACAAAGUACGAGAGCAAACUGUAGUGUGGGUAGCAAACAGAAAUCAUCCUAUCAAUGGAUCUUCGGGAGUUCUUUCAGUUAAUCAAUAUGGAAAUCUCGUUCUCUAUAGCAAUCAUAGCAGAAAAGUUCCAGUAUGGUCUGCAAAUGUCUCACGUGAAGUAACAAAGACAGACACUUGUUUAGCUCAGCUCCUGGAUUCAGGAAACUUGAUUUUGGUCCAAGAAAGAAGUGGAAGAGUUCUAUGGGAAAGCUUUGAUUAUCCGACAGAUACUCAAUUACCAGGAAUGAAACUUGGGUUGAAUAGAGAGACAGGUAUUCACCAAUUCUUAACAUCAUGGAGAUCAGCAGAUGACCCUGGAACUGGAGACUACGUGCUUGAGCUCAAUCUAAAAGGAUCACCUCAAGGCAUUUUGUACAAGGGUACAAAGCGAUAUUGGAGAUGUGUCCCAUGGCCAGGGAAAAAUUAUGUAUUAAACAACAUUAGUUUUGUCCACAACAAAAAAGAAACAUUUUUUACCUUUUUUCCUGUUGAUGCUUCUCUUAUAGUAAGAACAAGGUUGGAAUAUUCAGGAUUGCUUUCGCACCUAAUCUGGCAUGAAAGUGAAGGCAAGUGGAAGGAAUUACGGUCAGCACCGAAGUAUCUGUGUGAGUCAUAUAAUCAUUGUGGUUCCUAUGGCAUGUGUAAUCCUUUGUAUCUUUAUCCUAAUUUUGAAUGUGAUUGUUUACCCGGGUACGAGCCUCAAUCUCCAAGGGACUGGAAUUUUUUGAAGGAUGGGUCAGGUGGGUGUGUUCGGAAGCGGAAAGAAUCAUCUUCUCUGUGCAACCAGGGAGAAGGAUUUGUGAAAGUAACAGCUGUUAAGGUUCCUGAUACUUCAGAAGCAGUUUGGUUGGGCUUGAAUAUGAGUUCUGUUGAUUGUGAACUACAAUGCAAGAGGAAUUGUACAUGUUCUGCAUAUUCAUCCACAUCUAUUUCUGGGAAAGAAACUGGUUGCUUGGCUUGGUAUGGUGAACUAAAGGACACUGUAAUUGAUAUAGCUGAAGGAAGUGAUAUUUAUGUUCGUGUUGACGCACUUGAAUUAGCUGAAAUAACACAAAAAUCAAAUGGAUUUCUGGAGAAGAAGCAUUUGUUGGCUAUUUUGUUGGUAUCUAUUUUUUCAGCUUGGUUUGUAAUCAUUUUAUUUGCAUAUUUGUGGUUCAAGAAGAAAAGAAAAACAGUGAGGAACAAAUGGAAUGCAAAAUUGUUUAAUACAAUCAAUGAUCCAUACUACAUUGAAAAUGAAGAUGGAGGUGGAGUGAGUUAUCCAGAGAUUGUGUAUUUCAAUCUCAGUACAAUACUUUCCGCUACUGACAAUUUCUCUCUAGCUAACAAACUUGGGCAAGGUGGCUUUGGAUUGGUUUAUAAGGGUCAACUGUCUAAUGGCCAGGAGAUCGCUGUGAAAAGACUAUCUAAAAGUUCAGGGCAAGGAAUAAAAGAAUUUAAAAACGAAAUUUUAUUAAUUGCAAAACUUCAACAUCAAAAUCUUGUGAAAAUUCUUGGAUGCUGCAUUCAGGGAGAGGAACUGAUGCUAGUUUAUGAAUACAUGCCAAACAAAAGUUUGGACUCAUUUCUUUUUGAUGAAACAAGAAGAUCAAUUUUGGAUUGGAGAAAACGCUUUGACAUUAUUGUCGGGAUUGCACGUGGAAUCUUAUAUAUCCACCAAGAUUCUAGGUUGAGAAUUAUCCAUAGAGACUUGAAAACAAGCAACAUUCUAUUAGAUAAAGAAAUGAAUCCAAAAAUUUCAGAUUUUGGCCUAGCUAGAGUCUUCAAAGGUGACCAAAGUCUAGAAAAAACGAACAAAAUCGCUGGCACAUUUGGGUACAUGUCACCAGAAUAUGUGGCAUUUGGAAAGUUUUCAACGAAAUCUGAUGUCUUUAGUUUUGGGGUCAUAUUAUUAGAGAUUGUUACAGGGAAAAAGAACAAUAGCUUUUGUCAAGAGGAUUCUUACCUAAGCAUGGCAGGAAAAAUAUGGCAUUUAUGGAAAGAAGAAAGAGCACUGGAGAUGGUUGAUUCAUCACUAAAGGAGUCAUGUUCUGCUCAUGAAGUAUUGAGAUGCAUCCAAAUUGGACUCUUGUGUGUGCAAGAAGAUGCAUUUGAAAGACCAAGCAUGUCAGCUGUUGUUGUAAUGUUGAAUAGUGAAAUUAGUCUUCCUUCUCCUAGACAGCCCCCUUUCACUUUUAGAAAGCCAAGUAAUAGUUAUAGCCCCUUAGUAACACAAAAGGAAUUUUAUUCUGUGGAUGAGGAAACUAUUACUCAGGUAUAUGCAAAACCUCAGAUUUUGGAUUCAGGAAACUUGGUUUUAAUCCAAGAUAGAAGUGAAAGAACUACAUGACAAAGCUUCUAUUGCUGGACAGACACUCUGCUCCAAGGAAUUGAAAUUGGGCUGAAACGGAAGAUGGGUUUUCAGUGGUUUCUGAUACCAGAAUAUCAGCAGAUUAUCCAUGAACUAGAGAUUACUCGAUUCAGCUAAAUUCAACAGGAUCAGCACAAGUCAAAAGGUUACUGGAUUAAUCAAGCUUUUGUUCACUUGCAUUCAAGUCAUCAGACAGGCAUGAAAUGUAAUUUCAAACUAUAUAUGGUGCCAGCUCAAGCCAUUAGUCGUUACUGCACAUUGAGAACAUUUACUUCAGUUGCCUCAUUAAAU